AUGGCAUCUGAAAAAGUGACCAAAGCCGUGUGGGUUUGUGUAGACUACAGAAACCUCAACGAGACUACCUCGAAAGAUGAGUAUCCCAUGCCAAUGGUUGAUAUGUUAAUUGACGGAGCAGCUCACAAUCAAAUUUUGUCAUUUAUGGAUGGUAAUGUGGGGUAUAACCAGAUCAUGGUCGCAGAGAAGGAUAUUCACAAAACUACAUUCAAAUGCCUAGGAGCAGUGGGGGCAUAUGAGUACAUUGUUAUGCCUUACAGGCUUAAGAAUGCAGGGGCUGCUUAUUAG